AUGAACCACUUUCGGGCGUUGUUGAAUGAAGCCACUGAUCUUGUUCCCACCUUCAGCGCCGAUGAUACCGCGUCUUUGACAACAAGCAUCUUCAAUUACCGCUGGGAGAACGGCCGUCGUUACCAUGCAUUUCGUGAUGGCGAGUACUGGUGCCCUAACGACGAAAGUGCAGCGGAACAACUCGACCUUGGCCACCACAUCUAUUUGAUGCUGCUCGACAACAGACUAUUCCUUGCUCCAAUCACGACUGAACCGCAGAAGGUCUUGGAUAUUGGUACAGGCACAGGUAUAUGGGCAAUUGAUUUUGCCGAUGCUUGCCCAAAUGCUAUCGUGAUCGGCACCGACCUAAGUCCGACUCAGCCAACUUCUGUACCCCCAAACGUGCGGUUUGAAAUCGACGAUGCUGCCUCUGAGUGGACAUUUCCCAAGGAAUCUUUCGACUUCAUCCAUGUUCGAGGUCUCUUUGGGUGCCUCCGCAAUUGGCCUGCUUUCUACCAACAAGUGCUUGCACACCUCAAACCAGGUGGUUACUACGAACAACUUGAAUGCUCUGUGGAAUGUCACGCCGAUGAUGAUACAACCCCUCCUGGUUCUCCACUAAGGCGUUGGGGCGAGCUUUUCCAUGAGGCUGGCCGCAGAAUGGGCAAGCCCGUUGACGUGAUUGAUCGUCAAUAUCAGUGGCUGAAGGAUGCCGGCUUUGAGGACGUACAAGAACAUCGGUUUAAGAUGCCGGACGGACCAUGGCCAGCCGCCAAAACUGAGAUUGGGAAAAAGCUGAAACAGAUAGGCAAGUGGAGAUUGUUGGAGGUGGAAGCGGGAAUGGAAGGCUGGUCCAUGGCGCUGUUCACCCGAGUACUUGGUAUGUCAUAUGAGGAAGUGCAAUUGUUCUUGGUGGAAAUGAGAAACGCUUGGAGGGAUAAUCGCGUGCAUGGUUACACUCGGGUCGGAGUUGUCUAUGGCCGGAAACCGAUGCGGUGA